AUGGCGGCGCCCAAAGAAACCGUUUUAAUCACCGGUGGUACCGGCUACAUCGGGUCCUUCACAUCCUUGGAACUUCUCGUCGCGGGGUACAAUGUCGUUAUCGUCGACAAUCUUUAUAACUCUUCAGAAGAGACUAUCAAUCGCAUCGAACUAAUAUGCGGGAUUCGCCCCGCCUUCCACAAGGUCGACGUCACAGAUGCUGAAGCCUUGGAAAUGGUCUUCAAAUCCCACCCGGAGAUAUCCUCGGUCAUCCAUUUUGCGGCAUUGAAGUCCGUGGGAGAAUCUACGGAAAUACCAGCGGAAUACUACCGGAUCAAUGUAGGCGGAACUGCGCAAUUGUUGUCGGUGAUGAAGAAGUAUAAUGUCAACAAGAUCGUAUUUUCUUCGUCGGCGACUGUCUACGGCGACGCUACAAAGUAUCCUGAUAUGAUCCCAAUCCCGGAAACAUGUCCGCUCGGCCCAACGAAUCCAUACGGCAGAACGAAAUGGUUCAACGAAAUGAUUAUUGAAGACCAUGUCAAGGCGAACCCGGGUUCGGCUGCAGCCUUAUUACGUUACUUCAACCCAUGCGGUGCCCAUCCUAGUGGGAUAUUGGGGGAGGAUCCACAGGGAGUACCGUACAACCUGCUACCCCUCCUUGGUCAAGUCGCAGUCGGGAAAAGACCCAAGAUCCAGGUGUACGGAACAGAUUACGAUUCACACGACGGGACGGCCAUCAGGGAUUACAUACACGUGGUGGAUUUAGCGCAAGGUCAUAUUGCCGCCCUCGAAAAGUUAUACGAUCCUUCUUUCAAGUGCUGCAAGGCGUGGAACCUGGGGUCCGGACGAGGUUCAACAGUAUUCGAUAUUUUACGCGCAUUUAGCAAAGCAGUUGGUCGGGAACUUCCAUACGAAUUAGCCCCACGGCGGGGUGGUGACGUCUUGGACCUCACAGCAAAACCGGAUCUCGCCCGGAAAGAGUUGAACUGGUAUACCAAAAAGACACUGGAGGAGGCCUGUGAAGAUUUGUGGAGAUGGGUAAAGAACAAUCCAUCCGGCUACAGGGAGGAGUAUAAACAGGGACUGCUCGACGAGUGGAAGGCCAAAACCACCGUAUGA